AUGUUCGCGACCGACUUACCACUGGACAAAGAGGCGGAAUCCGUGGGUGCGCGGAGGGAACGAAAGACCAAGGAGCGAUCCAUUAGGUCAAACUCCAUCAACACUUCGACUUCACGAACAUCAAUUAGUUCGACAAACUCGGGCUCUACCGAUCGUGAGUUAUGGUGGUCUUCGGGCCUGAAGAAGGCGAAGAGUAUGAAACCAAAGAUACUACGGCCAUCAACUGGACGGACUACGGACUCACAGAGAACGGCAAUUACUGUGACAACUGAAGUUGACUUGACCCGCACGCACAAUCUCAAGGAUCCCGAGCUGCAACCUGGCUGGACGUACACAAGUUCUCUUUCUGCAACACUUCCAUCCGGAGAUCCUAUGCAUCCACGUCAACAUGAAGUACCAGAGCUGGAAGGUGAUAUGUCAUCUCGAAAUACGGGCUCCACCAGGUCGCGUAUCUCGCAUGACCGGCAGCGCGAGGUGAAAACUCCUACUAUGGUCGAUAGCAGCGAUGAUGUGACGCAAGGAAGCCGCGUCAGUCCUAAGUCUUUUGUAACGAGCCGAACUCGUGCCAGUACAGCGAGCCCUGAAAAUGAACAUGCUAUACCCAUCUCAAUGCCAGAAGCAAAGAGAGUUGACAGCGGAUGGCCCCAGCCCAUGGAGAUUGAAGCGACUGUCAAACUGGAAGCAUUAGAGCUGCGUGAUAGCUUCCAGGAGGAGCAAUCACACGAGGACGUGAGGCACAUGGUCAAAGUGAAUAGUGGCGCAAAUUCGGAAGUCUCCUGCAAGCCUCUCUCGCAAUGGCAGUGUCUCACUCCAAGAGGCGUACCUUCGGAGAUGCAAAUACAGUCGCGUCUGACUCCUAGAAAGGUCACAGUCUCUCAAGGUACUACAUCAGAGCUCAGUCGAUUCCAACGCUUCAUCCGUAGGAUGGAAGGCGCCGGUCCAAAGGUUAUCUUGGAUCGACUUAAGGAAGACUGGCAAUGGACUGCAGGCGGAGAUGUUGAUGAAGAGUUGGUCCUCGAAAAACAGCUGUGGCUGUUGACGGGUUUCCAAAUGCUGAACUUGGGUCGGGAACAGACCUUGCCGCAGCCCGAAUGUAACACCGGGAGAAUCCUUGAACUAUAUGGAAAUCUGUCUGAGGUAUACCAACUGUCGGCUAUGCAUCCGUCUCAAACAGUACACUUCCUUACUACCAAGCCCCCACGACCUGUUCAGUUGCCGGGCAAUGUAUCGUACUUGACGGUGCGCAAGCUCGGUGCCGUUCCACUGCCUUACCCAGAAGACUACUUUUCGCAUAUAAGAGCAUCGACGCUGCCGUCGCUGGUCCCAUCCGCCACGCUACCAGAACUGUUCAGCGAAUGUCACAAGCUGCUCGCUCCUGGUGGCUUCCUAGAGAUCAGGAUCAUGGAUGCUGCCCCAGUACGCAAGACCACCGGCCCGCUGAUGCGGAUGUGGAUUGAGGAUAGGCUCUCUGUCAACUUGGAACGGGACUUCAGAUGCUCGAAGCCAUGUUCGCUAGUUCCAAGCUGGCUGACAGCUGCCGGAUUCGAGAUGCUUGUUCAAGAAGACGAUCAGAGCAUGACGCUACCAUGUGCUCUCGACCCCGAUGCGGCCAAUGUAAACGACGAGCUUUCAAUGAUUAUCGGCCGAGCCUUCUGGAAAGACAUCUGGGGCAGCUUUGUGGACGACGCUCAAGACGAACCGAAGUGGUGGUGGGAAGACGAAGAGAUUGUGCAAGAGUGCGUAAAGCGCCAGACCUUGCUUGAGUGCAGGACAAUCUUUGCAUACAAGCGGUAA